UUUUUGAUUUGGUGUGUGAAUAUGUUCACAUUUUCAGUGUUGUGAUUUGGUCAGGAACUAUUAUUAUGUGUAGACUUUGUAGUGCUAUACUCAGAAUAGUUUUGUAUUUGUCUUUUGAAAUUUCAUGGAGAGUAAAGUGUACUGGUGUCCAUCCAAGUCAGGUCUGGCUAGCUUCUGCCAUUUCAAACACUAGCACACGAGGAUGUGGUGGCUGUAAUUUGUUUACACGAUCCAUUUUUACUUUAUAGCUGGGACAUGUUCUCUCUAAAAGUCUUCAGUCGCUGCAACCUUGGAACUGUACUAAGGAGACAGGCGAAUGCUUGUCGUCCGCUAGCAUCACUACAGCACCACGGAAGGCAUAAAUAUUUUAGUCACUCAAGGGCCCAUAGUCAAAAGCUACCCCAUUCGAUUCACGGCACGAGCAAUGUCCGGCACAUCGCAGGUGGUGUCACAGGUGCUGAGGAGCUUCUGAAGAGCACUGCCAGCGAUAAGAGCCACCGCGUGAAGAAGUCAGCGACCUCUGCAGACAUUCUCAAGGCUAUGCUGAGUCAUGCAUGGCCGAAAGAUCAACCUGAGCUUCGGUGGCGGGUGGCAGCUUCCGGUGUCCUGCUGAUCGGCUCAAAGAUACUGAAUGUGCAAGUCCCUUUCUUGUUCAAGCACGCGGUGGAUAACUUAGCUGAUCCGGCCGUUGCAUCCUUCGGCACAGUGUCUGGACUUCUGCUGCUAUAUGGAGCUGUCAGAGCUGGAUCUUUUGGCUGCAAUGAGCUGCGCAACUCCUUGUUUGCCAAAGUGGCUCAAAGUAGGAUACGCCACCUAUCUUGUGAGGCGUUCCGUCACCUGCAUAACCUUGACUUGACUUUCCACCUGAGUCGUCAAACCGGCGCUUUGUCAAGAGCCAUUGACCGCGGAACACGUGGAAUCAAUGGACUCCUUACUGCGUUGGUCUUCAACAUUUUCCCAACAAUAUUUGAGGUUAUGUUAGUUGCUGGCAUUUUGGGUUAUCGAUGUGGUACAGAUUUUGCAUUGGUAACGUUCACCACGGUUGUGUCCUAUGGAGCCUUCACUCUUGCUACUACACAAUGGAGAACUAAAUUUCGCAUUGCAAUGAACAAGGCAGACAGUGCAGCGGGGUCCAAGGCCAUUGACUCGUUGAUCAAUUAUGAAACUGUCAAGUACUUUGGCAAUGAAGAAUUUGAGACCAAGCAAUAUGACAAGUAUCUGAAGAGAUAUGAAGAUGCUAGUUUGAAGACGUCUUAUAGCCUCUCACAGCUGAACUUUGGCCAACAAAUGAUCUUCAGCGCUGGCAUGACAGCAAUCAUGUGCCUUGCUGCACGCGAAAUCACAGCAGGGCGUAUGUCAGUCGGUGACCUUGUGAUGGUGAACGGCUUGCUCUUCCAGCUGUCCAUGCCGCUCAACUUCCUGGGCUCUGUUUAUCGCGACAUGAAGCAGAAUCUGAUUGAUGUCACCACCAUGUUCAACAUGCUGCAGAUUGAGUCGAAUAUCAAGACACUUCCCGGCUCUAUUAACUUUACCGUCGAGGAUGGCAAGAAUCCAGAAGUGGUGUUUGAUGACGUAUCAUUUGAGUACAUCACGGGAAGGCCAAUUCUCUCCAACUUGUCGUUCGUCGUUCCGGCAGGAAAGAAAGUUGCUCUUGUUGGAGGAAGUGGGUCUGGCAAGUCCACUGUUGUGCGCCUCUUGUACCGCUUCUUCGACCCAGUGUCUGGCAAUAUCUUUAUUGACGGUCACAACACGAAGGGAAUGACGGUUGAGAGCCUCCGCGCGGCCAUUGGUGUUGUGCCACAAGAUUCUGUGCUCUUUCAUAACUCCAUUCUGCACAACAUCUCUUACGGUAACCUGUCAGCAAGCAAGGAAGAAGUGAUGCAUGCGUCACGGAUGGCCAACCUGCACGAUGCAGUGUUGUCAUGGCCCGAUGCGUAUGAAACGCAAGUUGGUGAACGUGGCCUCAAACUAUCUG